UGACUCCGCUCCUCCUGCAUGUCCCCAGCAGACCCUGCCAGGAGGCGCAGAGAGGAGCAGCGGACUGAGGAGCAGGGACAGCUUUACUGCUCUGGAGGCUGGGGGUCCAGGCAGCUCCUUAAAUGUUGGAGGAGGACCAGGAGGACAACCGGAGAGGAGCAGGAGGAGCAGCAGAGAGCGCUGCCUCCACCUGAGGAGCAGAAGAUGAGGCUGGUGGUGCUGCUGCUGCUGCUGCAGGGCGGAGAGUGUGCAGGUUCGGGCCGUGGGGGGGCCGACACCCAGCGGUGUCAGUACUACAACGUGAACUAUGAGAUGGAGAAGACCAAUCAGAGCGGAGUGGAGGUGUGUGAGGGCGAAGCCGACAAACGCUCCCACUGCUACGCCUCCUGGAGGAACGCCUCGGGCGCCAUCCAGCUGGUGAAGAAAGGAUGCUGGCUGGACGACUUCAACUGCUACGACCGGUCGGACUGCGUGGCGACGGAGGACAAUCCUGAGGUCUUCUUCUGUUGCUGUGAAGGAAACUUCUGCAAUGAGAAGUUCAUCCACCUGCCAGACCCCCGCAGCCCAGUGAUCAAGGCUCCGCCCAGCAGCGUGGACGUGUUAAACGUGCUGAUUUACUGUCUGUCGCCUGCCGCCAUGCUGUCGGUGGUUCUGCUCAUCGCCGUCUGGAUGUACCGCCACCGCAAACCCCCGUAUGGACAUGUGGACAUCAGCGAGGAUCCCGGGGCCCCCCCUGGCUCCCCCCUGCUGAGUCUGAAGCCCCUGCAGUUGCUUGAGGUGAAGGCUAUGGGGCGCUUCGGCUGCGUGUGGAAGGGCCAGAUCCUGAACGAAUACGUGGCCGUGAAGAUCUUCCCAAUCCAGAACAAGGAGUCGUGGCAGAACGAGAGAGACGUGUUCCUGACGCCGGGAAUGAGGCACGAGAACAUCCUGAGAUUCAUCGGAGCAGAGAGACGAGGGAGUCACCCGGAGAGCGAGCUGUGGCUCAUCAGCGAGUUCCACGAGAGGGGCUCUCUGUCCGACUUCCUGAAGGGGAACGUGGUCAGCUGGUCCGAGCUGUGCCACAUCGCUGAGUCCAUGGCCCGCGGCCUGGCGUACCUCCAUGAGGACAUCCCCCACCUGAAGGGAGACCGACAUAAACCGGCCAUCGCUCACAGGGACUUUAAGAGCAAGAACAUCAUCCUGCGCUCCGACCUCACCGCCGUCAUCGCUGACUUCGGCCUGGCUGUUUGCUUUGAGGCGGGGGAACCGCCUGGAGAAACGCACGGACAGGUGGGCACCAGGCGCUACAUGGCCCCAGAGGUCCUAGAGGGCGCCAUCAACUUCCAGAGAGACGCCUUCCUGCGGAUCGACAUGUACGCCGUGGGGCUGGUGCUGUGGGAGGUGGUGAGCCGCUGCAGGGCAGCCGACGGUCCAUUGGAUCAGUACUUGCUGCCGUUUGAGGAGGAGGUGGGUCAGCAUCCGACCCUGGAGGACCUGCAGGAGGUGGUGGUCCACAAGAAGAUGAGACCCACCAUCAAAGAACUGUGGCUCAAACACAGCGGUCUGGCUCAGAUCUGUGAGACCGUGGAGGAAUGCUGGGACCACGACGCCGAAGCUCGCCUGUCAGCCGGCUGCGUGGAGGAGAGGAUCUCCCAGAUCCGCCGCCACGCCGCCGCCACCACCGCGCCUACCUCCGACGCCAACGCAGCUGUCACCAUGGUGACCAACCUGGAGCCGCCGCCUAAAGAGUCCAGCCUCUGAGGAGGAGACCCAGACCGGUUCUGGUUCUGAUCCCCCUCCUGGACCUCCGAGUACCUCAGGUUUUCUGCUGGAUUCCACACGGCGUCUGCCGACCCGCGAAUGUUUCCCACCGAAAUGCUGCAGAGCCGCCAUGUUGCCAUGGAGACCGCUCCAGCUGGAGGCGAGGACCUUUUUUAUUUUUUUAGAGUCAUUAGUGUUUUAUCGGUUGACAUGACCUCAGACAAACCUUCGGAUCCAACGGGUCUAACCUUCAAAGACAGAAACAGGAAGUGAUGUCAGAAGGGAAACCAGACGGCUGCUCCGUUUCAGGAAAAAUUUGUCAG